AUGCCCGUUACCCGGGUAGUUCUGGAAUCUUUUGGGCGUAGGCCUGGAAGUAUGGUAUUGCAAACGACGAAGCGAAGCUGGCGCGCAGGACUACGAGCACUUGCGAUCCUCGUGAUUGCCGGCUUGCAACUGAGAAGUUUUUGCACAGGCUCGGCAAGCCGCAAGUUCUGGCCCAAGCUCUGCCAGCGUGCAACAAAUGAGCCACGUGAGCUCGUGGAUUUGUACGGAAUGAAGACCCGUGAGCUGAAAGCCUUCCUGAAAAAGAAUGGCGUUUUCGUUGAUGACUGCUUUGACAUGGAUUCGCUGAUCCAGCGCGCUUCCGCAACGGAGGAAGACUGGGGACGGAAAGACAAAGAAGAGACGGUUGCUCCGGUGUCAGCUUCCACAUCCGGCGAAGUCAGCGACUCCUCGGAUGCACGUCCGGGAGCGGACGAGAUUGAGAAGGCAUGGAAACGGCUUUGCGAGGCCUGGCCAGGGCAAUCCCCUCGAGUAUUGGGGCCGACAGAUGCCGACAAGACUGUCAUUCUUCUACAUGGCUUCGGUGACCAAAAUUCGCAGUUUCUGGCUGACACCUUUCAGCCGCUGCUGAACAUACAAGGUCUUCGCCUGAUUCUUCCACAGGCCCCUGAGGAAAACCUCCAGGGUCAACAGCUUCAGUCGUGGUUUUUGCCUAUAAAUGGGCAGUGGAUCAUUGACGACAAGGUUGUUGAGCCAGUGGCUGCCUACUUGCAUGCGAUGAUUCGGAGGGAGAUCGCCCUCGGAGUGCCUGCACAUCGAAUUCUCAUUGGCGGCUUUGCACAGGGUGCUGGCUGCGCUCUGCGUGCAGCCUUGAGCUUUCCAGACGCAGCCCUCGGCGGUGCCAUUGCUCUGUCUGGCUUCUUUGGUGCACCAGAAGAGCACCUUCACGCUACCGAUAGGCAGUCCCACUCCAUGGUUAAGUGUAUUGCUCCCUCGAAUCAGCGUUUGCCGGCUUUGAUCUGCCACGGCAAGAGCGACGAAGUAGUUCCCUUCAGCGAAGGCACCAGGAUGGCGAGCCUGCUGGGCGAGCGCACUAGCAACGUGGUGCUCAAGGAGUAUGAGAUGAAGCAUGGAAUUGCAAGUGAUGAGAUGAUUGACAUCCUUGAGUUCGUCCAGGACAAGAUGUCCAAGGUUCCAGCGGACCCUCUGGCCUUUGAUCCAGCAAACCUGACGCCUGAGCCGCCGCCCCCGCCAAGCGCCCAACCGCCACCACCGCGUGCUGCGGAAGAAACCGGCGGGAUUCCGACCAUGGACCCACAGAUUACACUCCAGUUGCUCAACGAUCAGGAGAUCGCAGAUGCCGCCAAAGAUCCGGAGGGCAUGGCCAUCAUUCAAGAUGUCAUAAUGAAUCCUUCCAAUCUGGAACUGCACAAGCAGAACCCAAGGGUCGCAAACCUGGUUGCCAAGUUGGAGAAGAUCUUGACGGGAGGUGAUGCUGCUUGA